CGGCCCCUGCUCAGCGAUUGGAGGAAACCCCGUGGAUCGGUUAGAGCUUUGAGCGCUCGGAAGAGACCGGACUCUCCCAGCGGCAGUCGCCUGAGAGACGCGUAUACACCCAGCCCGGGGACCCGACAUCCGCCUCCGUGCAUCCCCUCUCUCACACAGAACCUUUAGCCAUGGAUAAAAGCGAGCUGGUACAGAAGGCCAAGUUGUCUGAGCAGGCAGAGAGGUACGAUGACAUGGCCGCCUGCAUGAAGCGGGUGACGGAAGAAGGAGGUGAACUGUCCAACGAGGAGAGGAAUCUUCUGUCAGUCGCCUACAAAAAUGUAGUAGGUGCCCGCCGGUCGUCCUGGAGGGUCAUCUCCAGUAUUGAGCAGAAGACAGAGAGCCAUGAGAAAAAGCAGCAGAUGGCUCGAGAAUACCGGGAAAAGAUCGAGACAGAGCUGAGAGAGAUCUGUAAUGAUGUUCUGAAUCUUCUGGAUAAGUUCUUGGUUCCCAACGCAUCACAAGCAGAGAGCAAAGUUUUCUACUUGAAAAUGAAGGGAGAUUAUUACCGUUACCUGGCUGAAGUAGCUAGCGGAGAUGACAAGAAAACGAUCGUGGAGCAGUCCCAGCAGGCGUAUCAGGAUGCCUUUGACAUCAGUAAAAUGGAGAUGCAACCAACACAUCCCAUCAGACUUGGCCUGGCUCUGAACUUCUCCGUGUUCUUCUACGAGAUCCUAAACUCCCCAGAAAGAGCCUGCUCUCUGGCAAAAACAGCUUUUGAUGAAGCUAUUGCUGAGCUCGAUACCCUGAGUGAAGAAUCAUACAAAGAUAGCACAUUAAUAAUGCAAUUACUGCGGGACAACUUGACAUUGUGGACAUCAGACACUCAAGGGGACGAAGCUGAGCAAGGAGAAUGCGGCGGAGAGAAUUAAUCAGCCUUCCUUUUCUGUCUGCCUCAUUCUAAACAAUUGACACAAUAGACCAUUGUCAUCCUUACUGUCCCACAAAUAGGUUUAUAUUUUUUUUUUGUUUACAAUUAUAAAAAAAAAAAGUUUAUGUUACUUCUAUUCUCUGGAUUUCUAUAUUUCCCAUGUGGUUUUGUGUUAAAUAGGGAGUAGGGCCAGUUAACAUUGGGGCUUUUUUUUUUUUUUUUUUUACUUAUUUAGUAUUUUUUCCUUUCCCCACCUCAAGGUGACCAAUAUGGGGAAUGCAAAAUUUUUAUACAUGUUUUAAAUGUUUGGCUGAGUACUUCAGGUACAUUGCGGGCUACCACAGGGCCCACUAUUCCCCAUAUUCAAGCAUCAUGAACUGCUUGUAUAUUGGUCCACGUAAUGGCAAGUAAGGGACGUUUGGUUUGCGCUGUAGGCGGAGACUCUAAAUUUCCUUAGCACAUUGCUUAGAGGGCAGUGCUGUAGUCCGCAAUCAGGUUCCCUCUCUGUGCCUAAACCUUUCUUUAGUGAUUGGUCCCUGCGAUAGCCAGUCAAAAUCCUGAGCAAAAAAAAAAAGGUUCACAUUCCAUUCUCCUCUACGGUUGGCUAACGUUUUUUUUUUUUUUUUUUUUUUUGCUUUUGUUUGUCGCUAUCCUCCAUUUUUAUUUGUAUUUAAAUUGUUUCAAACAACCUAAGAUCAAAAGAGAAGUACUUGAUACAUUAAAAGACAUACAUGCUUGGUAUCCCAUAAUGUCACUAUAUAUCAAGCACAGCGGGAAAAAAAAAAAAAAAAGAAAAAACAUAUAUUUAACUUUUAGUUUUAUUUUUGUUUUUGAUACUUGCCUAACAUGCAUGUGGCUGUAAAAAAUUACAAUACAAAAUAGUUACCAGGGGAAUAACUUGAGAUGAUGGCUAGCUUUGUUUAAUGUCUUAUGAAAAUUUUCAUGAACAAUCCAAGCAUAAUUGUUUAAGAACAUGUGUAAUAAGUUGAUGUAAGUGGAAUAAAAGUUUUAUGAAUGGACUUUUCAACUACUUAA